UUAUUCACUUCUGUUAUUCAUCUCAUUUCUACAAUUAUCAAUGGCUACUCCAACAACGAAUGUGAAGAAAAUGAAGAUGGUUAGUAGUAAUAGUAACUAUAUACCCGAUCACCUUUCCUUUUCUAUUCUCUCUAAACUUCCUGUUAAAUCUCUCAAGCGUUUUUCUAUCGUUCGAAAAUCAUGGUCUCUUUUAAUUCAAAACCCUAAUUUCAUCAAUAUCUUCCGCAACAAUCUCAUAUCCAACUCUCAUCCACUCUACGGCGGCGACGGCGAUGUCUCUCUCGUUCUUAAUCAGUUUGUAGGUACUUAUGAUUGGAAUAUUUACUUGAUUUCUGGCAAAAAAUUUGAGAAAAAAGUGAAAUUGGAUUUGCCACUUCCAUUUCAUCUUCCACAAGUUGGUGUUACUCCUAUUCGUGUUGUAGAUUCUGCAAUUAAUGGCAUUUUGUGUAUCUAUGAUUGUGAUGGAGUUCAUACAACAACUGUAUUAUGGAAUCCUGCCACUGAGGAAAAAAUUGUCAUUCCUCCUGGUCAUGCUGAGUUUCAAUCCGAGUUCAUGACUCAAAUUUUUCCUCAUGGAUUUGGCUAUGAUCGGGUUGGAGAUGACUAUAAAAUCAUUCAACAUGUGAAUUAUUAUACUAUAGAUGAUGAAAAUCAUUUACUUCAUUUGGAAGAUGUCAUGCCUGACCCUUUCUGGGAGAUAUUUAGUUUAAGAAGUAAUUCGUGGAGAAAAAUCGAUUUUGAUAUGCCAACGAUUUAUUCGAUUUUUAAUAGUGCUGUGUACUUCAAUGGGAUGUGUCAUUGGUUGGGGGAAUCAGAUACCUUGCUAGUGUCAUUUAAAUUAUGCAAUGAAGUGUACUUUGUUACACCUUUACCCUUAGAAGAUACGCAGUAUGAUGAUGAUUUUGUUGUUAGUCUGACAGUGUUGAAUGAGUCUGUUGCUAUUAUAACUAAUUGGAAGAAUACUACGUCUUUUCAAAUAUCAAUUUUGGGUGAAUUUGGUGUCGAAGAAUCAUGGAUUAGACUCUUUGAUGUUGAACUCUUGUCUACCAUUGAGCGACUUAUCGGAGCAGGGGAGAAGGGCAAUAUAUUCUUUAGAAGAGAUGAUGGUGAACUAGUUUGUUUUGAUUUAACUACCGGUUUGAUUGAGGAGAUUGGUAUUAAAGGAGAAAGGUGUUGGUGUCAAAUUGCAAUUUACAAGAAAAAUCCUCAUUUGAUUGGAGACAAACAAGCAAUUUCUUUUCCAGCCAAUGCUUGAAGUUUUCGCACUGCAGGUUUGUGAGUCUAGUUCUUAUAUGCAAAUUUGGCUUGUCAAUUGUCAAUAUUAUAUGUAUUCUCAAGUAUACAAGAUGUCAGAUACAUGUUAGAUACAAGUUUUGACUCUUGAAGGAAUAAAAGUUUGCUGUUAGAUA